GAAAAGGGUGCUGGGGGGGGGGGGUUGGAGGAAAAUUGCAUCGCUGGUGGUGUUUUGGUUUUGGCUGGAAGGCUGCACCCACGGGAGACAGCGCCGGCUCACCGCAGGGGAAAGUGGAGCCGAGGGGUUUCCACCCGCUCCCCACCGCUCUGGAUUGUGGCCGGAGACCCGGCCGGGGUUUGGGGAGGUCCAUCACGAGAUGUACCAGAGUUUAGCCAUGGCAGCUAACCCCGGCCCUCCGGCGUACGAGGGGGCAGGUGGCUUCAUGCACAGCGCGGCCGCAGCGUCCCCCGUCUAUGUGCCCACCACGAGGGUCACCUCCAUGAUCCCCAGCCUGCCGUACCUCCAGAGCAGCGGCUCUUCCCAGCAAGGCAGCCCCGUCUCCAGCCACUCCAUCUGGACUCAACCCGGAGCUGAAAGCGCCGCUUACAACCCGGGAUCUUCUCACCCUCCCGUGUCACCUCGGUUCUCCUUCUCCACCAGCACCCCUAUCCCUGCCACCUCUUCCCGGGAAGCCGCGGCGGCUUAUGGCACCUCCUUGAACCUUUCUGCUAACGGGAGGGAGCAGUACAGCAGGGGUUUCGGCAGCUCCUAUUCCAGCCCCUACCCGUCUUAUAUGAGCCCAGAAAUGGCCACGACCUGGACUUCUUCGCCCUUCGACAGCCCCAUGCUGCACAACCUGCAGAGCCGAGGGACGCCCGCAGCCGCCCGGCAUGCCAACAUAGAAUUUUUUGAUGACUAUUCAGAGGGGCGAGAAUGUGUCAACUGUGGGGCCAUGUCCACUCCGCUCUGGAGGAGAGAUGGCACAGGACACUACCUCUGCAAUGCCUGCGGGCUCUACCACAAGAUGAAUGGCAUCAACCGGCCCUUGUUCAAACCUCAGAGGAGGCUGUCAGCUUCCCGCCGUGUUGGCCUCUCCUGUGCCAACUGCCACACGACGACAACCACGCUGUGGCGCAGAAACGCCGAGGGAGAGCCUGUGUGUAACGCCUGCGGACUCUACAUGAAGCUCCACGGGGUUCCAAGGCCUUUAGCAAUGAGAAAAGAAGGCAUUCAGACGAGGAAGCGCAAGCCGAAGAACCUUAACAAAACAAAGACAUCAGCAGGUCCAUCCAGCAGCGAGAGUCUUACCCCGACCACCAGCUCCACCAGCAGCAGCAGCAGCACCACAACCACGGAAGAAAUGCGCCCCAUAAAAACAGAACCUGGGCUCUCAUCUCAUUAUGGGCACCCCAGCCCAAUUUCUCAGGCAUUCUCAGUCUCUGCCAUGGCUGGACAUGGGGCAUCUAUUCACCCUGCGAUUACAGCUCUGAAGCUUUCCCCACAGGCUUACCAGUCAGCAAUCAGCCAGUCUCCACAAACCAGCUCCAAACAGGACUCCUGGAACAGCCUGGUGUUAGCUGAAAACCAUGGGGACAUCAUAACUGCAUAACCUGGUCUUCCAUCCGUGAACUUCAGGCUGAUCUGCUUGAGAGAUGAAGAAGAUGCCAUGUAAUCAUCAAGUCAAUGUUGUUUCCCACCUCCCUCUCUCUCCUGUCUUCUCUUCCCUUGUGAGGUGUUCCAGCAAAGAGGUGAAGAGGACUUUCCUGAGGUGUAGGAGAGCUCUUCAGAAACUAACAGAGAAGACUCAAAUCUCAAAGUAGCUAAUGAAUUUGAAGCCUUUUUUUCCCACUUUAAAUGAGCCUCUCUAUCUGAUUGCCACCAUCUUCUAUAAAAUAGCCAGAAAACACAAAGAUGGACACAGUACUUGAGCUUUGUUUAUUUAAAAGUAUCUGGCAUUUAAUAGACAAAGGUGGAACAAACACACUUUGUUUUACUGUCACCAUCUGUUCUUUUCCUGACCAGAAGAUAAUGCCACCAUCUUCUCAUUAUCCAAAUUCAGUGAUCUUCCACCCAAAUGGAGCCAGCUCCAGAACAGACUUCAGUAGAUAUGCUGUAGUGGCUUUAGUGGAUUUGAUAUGAUCUAGGGCAGAGAAAAAAAGAGACCUUCCUGCAUACACAUCCCCAGCUCACACAUCUAGAGUGUUGUCUUCAUUUUCCUAGAUGGUCUGAAAAGCUAAUGAAUGUCCGUAUUUAAUAGCAACUCCUUUCCUAUUUAUCAGUAUGAAAUCAUGGGACUGUGUUUUCAACAGUUUGUUGGCUGAGCCUGGAGAAGGUCUGUCCAAAAUCAAAGAGGGAUUUUGGAAAGAAGAAGCUUCUGGAAUCAGUUAGAGAAGACCCACACUGGUUAUCAAAUCCUGGUGGAAUCUGCCGGACUCUUCCAUUACGGAUAGUUACAAACCAGACUGAGAGAUUAUUCAAGAGCACAGCAAAUGAUAGAUGCUCUUCUAACAUUGCUGUGCCAUUGCUUUUGAGACAGUUAAUUUAAGUCUUUUGCAUACUUUUAUGUUGGUUUUGAUGUCAUUGAUGAAAUCUGAUUGUCCUUUA